AAAAGUCUCUUGUCAGUCUUGUCAUUAUUAUUGUUCUCGUCCUCGUUCUCCUCAAAAAUCUCUAAUAAAUAUUAACAAAUAUCACAAUCAGUUGAUGGCUGCGGGACAUGAGUAUGAGGUCGUGAUCCUUUGACCGAGCUUGAACGAAAAAGACUUUUCUAGAAGUAAUAAAAACGUAUAGGUAUCCAGUUUGCAUCCCUUAUAAAAGUUGAUAAAUCAAAAUGGCUAACGGACCCAUAGCUGAAAGAAAUAGAGAUGCCACUAUCUAUGUUGGAGGCCUGGAUGAAAAGGUUGUAGACUCCUUGUUAUGGGAACUGUUUGUACAAAGUGGACCAUUGGUGAAUGUCCAUAUGCCUAAAGACAGGGUUACCAUGAUGCACCAGGGCUAUGGAUUUGUGGAGUUCAUGGGCGAAGAAGAUGCAGAUUAUGCAAUAAAAAUAAUGAACAUGAUAAAACUAUAUGGAAAACCCAUUAGAGUAAAUAAAGCCUCUGCCCAUCAGAAAAAUCUUGAUGUUGGUGCCAAUAUAUUUAUUGGUAAUUUAGAUCUAGAAGUUGAUGAAAAAUUACUUUACGACACUUUCUCUGCUUUUGGAGUAAUACUUCAAACGCCAAAGAUUAUGAGGGAUCCAGAAUCUGGAAAUUCCAAAGGUUUUGCUUUCGUCAAUUUCGCCAACUUUGAAUCUUCGGAUGCUUCCAUAGAAGCCAUGAAUGGACAAUACUUGUGCAACAGGCCAAUUUCCGUAUCUUACGCUUUCAAGAAAGAUUCAAAAGGAGAAAGGCACGGAUCAGCUGCUGAACGUAUUUUGGCUGCACAAAAUCCGUUAUCACAGGCUGACAGACCCCAUCAACUGUUUGCAGAUUCUCCACCAAUCGGCAUGAUGCCACCAGGAAUGACGACUGCUCCUCCACCACCACCAGGAAUGUUGGGUCUACCGCCACCCUCUGUGACACCCAACACUACGAUUCCACCCCCACCGCCUGCUGUUCCCCCACCAGCAUCAUUUCCUGCAGGAAUUCCGCCGCCUCCGUUACCGCCCUCUCAACCACCUUUGCCGCCAAUUGCACCCCCACCGCCUCCAGCUUCUAAGCCAGGUGUGAUGAACCCACCAGCACCAUGGAAAGGGGGGUUGGGUAAUCCCCCACCACCACCUGUACCACCAGUAUCUGAUCCAAACUUCUCCAAAUUGCUUCUGCCUCCUCCACCGCCAAGUGGACCACCACAAAAAUGGGAAGGACCGCCGCCCUCGGCCAUUUCUGGAAGGCCGUCCUUUCCACCUAGAAGACCACCACCCCCUCCGCCCACAAAUUAAGCAAUGCUCAUUGCUUUGCAAAAACGUGCUAAGUGUGCUUACUUAAAUCGCGUUUUUUCUUACAUUAUUUUCUCACAAAUGGCUCAUUUGAGCCGGCAGUGAGAGUCUCACACGCUUUCAUACUAUACAGGGUGUCCCACUAAGGUCAGCAAGGUACAAUAUUAUGGAAACCAUAGACCUUACGGCUUCGGGAUUUUUUUUUCUUCAUUAAAUCGACCAAGAGAAAUUGAUAGAAACUAUUUUCAAGUUUCUAAGAUGACCGCUAGGGGGCGCAAAUAACAACAGAAAUCAAAAGUUCAUUAAUUUUUGCGCCAGUUUGGUUAUUAGGCUUUUUUCGUAUCUUCACUAAUAAGGUUGGGGGAAGCUGGUGAAAAUAGUUAUUUAAACAACAAGUUUUGAUAACACCUUUUUUCGCACGGCGAGACAGUUUGUUGGACCGAGCCGUAGGCGAGUUUCACAAGUCGAGCGAGUGUGAAAAAGGUUUUCAAAUGAGUUUCUUACAAUGCUUUUCCUUCAACUGCAAAAUAAAACCAAGAAAUAUUUAAUUUUCAUUUGAUAGAAAAUCAUCAACAUCAAACUGAAAAACUUUUUCGCACGCUGUACAAAAGCUCUAUUUUCAGAGGUUACCUAGUGUGUGAAACACUCCAUUUUCAGACAGUUGUAGGAAAAAUAGUUUUAAAAAUUCCUGUAUCUUCCAUACCCCUUAUCCAAACUCAUUCAAUUUGGGCUCAUUUGAAAGAGAAUUUCAUUGUUAUUAAGAACACCGCUUCGUUCAGGGUCGAUAGUUCCCACCGCGUCUUCUAGAGGGCGUUGUUUAACCAAGGUCCAGUUUUUUCUAAUUUUCUUGAAAAAUCCCAAUGGCAUAAUAUUAUUUUUUUAUUGCGGUGCUCAAAGAGCAAAAAAAUAUCUAAAUUUUGCCGCAAACCCCAAUUCAAUAACUGCAUUCGUUUUAAAGUUACGCAAAUAACUGGUUUCCAUAAUAUCGUGCCUCGUCGACCUUAGUGGGACACCCUGUAUAAUUAUUUUUGUAGCUAGUUUAUCUUACUUAAGGGUUCUUAUAGUAGAAUAAGUGUUCUUUUUUUUUAUAAACGGGCUGGUGCAUCCUUGUGCGCAUAUUUUGAUUUUAGUUUGUAUUCUCAUAAUGUACAUAAUACAUAUUUUAAUUUGUAUUAUUAUAAUAAUUAUUACUUUCAUUUUACUUAUAUUGUGAGAAUUUGUAUUUUUUGGGCAAUAAAGAAUAUGUAUCAUCCAUA